UUCCGCCUUUGAAAUUAUUCCGACCAUGAUGUUCGUUAAAGAUAAUUUAAUAAAUUAUGUCAUGCAAUUGUGCCUUUUUUGGGACAUCAACAUUAUAUGCGGAAUGUAUUUUGGAAACAGAAUUAAUACAAAGUCUUCUACAAUAUUUUUCCCCCCUUGUAAACAAUUCGCUCUGUCUGCAGGAACCAUUGGUCAGGAAACGAUGUUUCACACGGACUCUUUCAUGGCGCGGUCGAGAUGUUUGUUUUCAUUACCAUCAUAUUUGUCUUUGUGGCUUACACUAUUUCCAUUAAGUUUGUGUAUUACAGAUACAGUCAGUUAUGGCCAGACUUACGGAAUAAAAUAUCCACCCCUUUAUACACCGUCGGAAACGCGAGUUUUUGUCCAACUCAAGAGAGGUCCAACGCGCUCUCACGGAACUCGGAGGAAGACGCGCUGCGCGUGACCGCCAGCGAGACUCGAGCUCUGUUCGUCACUGCACAUCCAGAUGAUGAAUGCAUGUUCUUUGCACCUACAAUCUUAAAACUUGUUGAAUCACAAGCAGCUGUUUAUCUGUUAUGUUUGUCGACAGGUAAUUACAACAGUGAAGGACUACAGCGCAAAAGGGAACUGCUGGACAGCUGUGCAGUUCUAGGAAUCCCAACUGAACAUGUCACCAUCAUAGAUGACAAAGAGCUUCCAGAUGACCCCACGGUCCAGUGGAGCACUGCACUGAUCUCCUCUCUGAUCCUCAAACACAUCCGAAACUACAGCAUAAGCGUGGUACUGACAUUUGAUGGCAGCGGUGUGAGUGGACAUGCAAAUCAUAUUGCCAUCUACGUGACCCUCAGGCAUCUAGCUUCUGCUGGACGACUACCUGAAGGUUGUCAGAUCUUGUCUCUUCACUCCAUCAGCUUACUCAGAAAGUACGUGUCAGUCCUAGAGCUGCCGGUCAGCUGGCUCCUCCCCUCUGAUUUCUGCUGCAUCAUUGGUUGGAAAGAGUAUAAACGUGCCAAGAAAGCCAUGCUCUGUCAUCGCUCUCAGCUGCUGUGGUUCCGCCGGCUCUACAUACUUUUCUCACGCUACAUGCUUGUAAACACUUUCCAAACCAUCACCGUGGAAACAAAGAAUGUGAAGAUUUAUUAGCUAAGAUUGUCUUGGGCACCGUUCCUGUCCUGAAGUUAUGCACUGAUUUUAUGCACUGAAAUAAAGGUUUACUUCAUGUUUCUUAACUUAAUUCCAAAUAAGAUGUCAUUAAAUUACUGUACAGUGAAAGCAUAUAUCAUUGGUUCAGUCAGUAUAUCCAAACUGCAUACACUAAAGGAGAACUGCUGCCAUAAAGAACCUUAGAGAAUGUUAUACUAAACAAUACAAAGUUCUGAAAGCCGGAUUUCUGGGGAGGUGUAGGUUUUGGGGAGUUAAGCGCUUUAGUAGAGUUAGUUAAAUCCAAAACACAGAUUGUGCUGUUGAGUAUGCAGGGGAUGAAGGACAAAAUGUGAUUCUGUGUAUUGUUUACCUUUUCUGUUACCGUUGUUAUUGGACUUUGUUGUUUCUGUCGUUAUUGGAUUUAUUAAAGUAGAGUUCCAAGUAAAGCACUGUUCCAAAUGGAUCAAUAAGUAAUGUACCAAAUCUUAUGAUUCAGUACGGUUUCAAAACUGACUUGUAUUUCUGAUUUUUCUUUGAGCGAAGUCUGAAACUCUGUUAGUAUAUGUUCUGUGAUGACUUCAAACUUAUGCCACUGUAGAGCAAUGCAAUACUUUUGUUUAAUAUAAAUUUGAUAAAGAGAAAAAAAAGACUGAUUUUUUUUAAUAAAUACAUUAUUUUUACUUUAAACCUGACACCCUCAAUACAAACAGACAUUAACACAAUACAAACAUAUAUCAUAUAUCAACAAUCUUCAUUAAUCUUCAACAAAUAUCUAUAUUGUCCAAAUAAACACCAAUUUGCAUUUGCCCUGAAGAAGGUCUCGGAGGCCGAAACCUGUUGGCAUGUUUUUAAUGGAUAGCCGAGUUUAAAUAAAGGCUUUUUAACUUCUAUUCCUUGUGAGUGCCUCAGAACUGCUGUUUAUUUGGAAAACAUUUGGGAUCUCCUAGCUGAAGAGCGCCAGAGGAAUAAAUCUCUCAAUACCCAAGUAGCACUCCCACUAACUCAUUUGUGGAAAUAUCUAUAUUACUAUUAUUUCCAUUCAGUUUUGCUAACUUUUUGUCCUGUGAUAUGCAAGUUGGUACAUUUCUUAAAGGAAGAAAUAUAUAAUUUAGGAGGAGUUGAUGUGUUCAUUCUAGACUAAAAUAAGCUAUUUCAGAAAGUCUGUGUAUACCGGUGCUGUGUAUACAAGAUGUUUCAUGAAUAUUUUUCCUCCAAUUUCUCAGAAAAUAAAUAUUGUAAAUGUUUAUAUCUGUUAAAGGUUGAUUCAUGGUGUCACUGAUAUAUCAAUAAAACUGCCUUGAGAAGUA